AUGAUUGACCUUUUGAUUCGGAUGUGGCUUCUAGUCUUUCCAGUUUUUUUGAAUCCCUUAAUUUUAGAAAUGAAGAAUCGUAUGCUCACGCUUCCAGUGUCGAAAAUCAGCUUAAAUAAUGAGCCUUUCAAAAUUUUACCCGCCCUAGAAAAGUAUGAGAAUUUGCAUAUGGCUCAACCUUCUCAAAUUGACAAAGACAGUACCAGCAAGUUCGUACCUCCCAGACUUUUUAGUUUGUUUCCGAAUCCCGGAUUGGGCUGGCGAUUUAUAAAGAUCGAUGCUCAGAACCUCACAGAUAUUUUCCCCAAGGCAAAACAAGAAAAGCAAAUCAACGAGUCCCCAUGUGAUUAUAAUCAAAGACAAUUCUUCCAAAUGUUUGAUUUUGAGAGGCUGGGAUUUCGAAGUUGGGAAGAGCUCAAAAAUAUGCUCGAAGGAAGGAUGCCUCUUAAUGAAAUGUAUACCGAUGGUUACAGGUGUAGAGUGUUGUUCUGUGGAAAGGUGCUUCCGUCGUCAGCAGCAGAUGACGUUUUUCUAGAACUGAGUGAUUUUACGACCGACGAAGUAGAUAAGUAUUUUCGUUCAUGUACUGUGGACCCAGGAAGAAAGGAUGCCUUUGUCUCUUCCCACGGAGGCAUCGACGUAAGCCGCCUGCCUUCUGCUGCGUACCAUGGUAUGGGUGGAACUGUAAAACGCCAGAAAUUACAACGAGGUCGUAAAAAAAGCUUAGGUAUUGAAAGAAUUGAAACAGAUAUGCCUUCGCCGAAAACUGCAUCCGUUUAACAAUACAUGCUAUAUCUAACUUAUAUACUGCAAUACAUGGACAUCUUGUUAAACUUUUACAGUUUUGAGACUGCAAAGCUAAAAUGGCUAAAUUAUGCUGGGUCCCAAAAGGCCAUUUAAAAAAGCGUGAAUAUAUUAUUGAAUGAUGGAAAAAUAUAACAAAUUACGAAGAAAAAAAAUACAAAGAGGAACACCCAGUUUCUAUCCCACAACCUGAAAGGUAUAUACUUUUUUUCUUUUUCUUUUUAGUAUAAUCUAAGCAUUAUUCGUAUCUUACAGAAGGAGGAACAAAAACCGUUUUGAAGAAGGCGACUGCAAAAAUAUGUCUUUAAUUAUCUUUGGUGACGGUCAGAAAAAUGAAAGCCAUGUUAAGUUUAAAGGUCUUCGGCAUGAUGUCUCCAACAAAAUUUAUAAGCAAUUAAAGCACGGAAAGGGACUUGGAGAGUUGUUACUUCUCGAUAUCAAU